UAACUAACGGUCUAAUUUUUAGGAGCCAGCAGCACCAGCAGCCCAACACGACCUCACAUGACAAUGUACGUCGGCGUUUUGCUCAUGUUUAUAUUUGGGUUAUUUUCUGUUGCGAUCUUUGCUAAACAACCAGAGGGCCAAAAGACAGUGCAUUGAAAAUGGAGGAUUUGGGUCUCCAAGACACAAUCAAGAGCCAUAUGCAUUAGUGUUCUUUCUUCUACCUAUUAUAUUCUUCUAAUUUUUGUUGGCGUUGGGAUUGAAGAAUCUUUAUUGCUUGCGAUAGUCCAAUGGAUUCAGAAGAAAUAUCUCUCAAGAUUUCCAGAGAUCAUUGGGCAUUUCUGGAUGAAAUUGAAGCACCAAUGUGGGUGGAUCUUACACUUGAAGCAAACUCCAAUUACACAGACGUAGAUGAUGGGUGGUUUCACACUAGCCAUUUGUUUCACCAGUGUUCUUCUCUCCAGUUAAAAGCUGCAUUUGCUUAUUCUGGUGAAGGCAGUGCGUCCUCAGACAUUAUUGAUCUGAAGAGGACAUCUUCCCCGGAGCUUCCUUCCUCAGUCUCAAGAUCAAGGGGAAAGCACUAUGCAAGCAAAAAGUGGGGUGGGAAGUGUCCUGAUUUCUCAUUGAAUAAGAAGCAUCCAGUCAAAGCUUUAAGUGGGAAGUCUACUACAGAGAGUACAGGAUUUUGUGGGGAAAUGAAACCUAAACUAAGCUUUAUAAAUUCCAAAGCAAACUCAAGGUUGAAAACUAGUCUGGUUGUUGAGAGAGAUUUAACGAGAAAUACUAAAGAAAAUCAUCAUUGUGCUACAUAUACUGAUGGAAAUUCUGAAGGUAGUUUGGGCUCUAUGGUGGACAAGGCAAGUGAAAGCAAUGCGAGUACCAUAACUUGUGAGAAUGAUCAGAAAUUACAGAAAAGAAACCUGGAGAUAUCAAGUCGGGCAUUUGGUCAUUCCAGUGGCCUUGUGUCAGCCAUGAGAAGUAGUCUUAGGAAAAGUUGUGCCACAAGGCAAGCAUCAAGGGUGGAUGUUAGGAAUAAUAAUAGUAACAAUAGAAGGCAAUUGAGAAACAGCAAUUCUGCAUCAGGAAAAUCUAGUGUAGGUUCAUCUUCAAACUCUGGUUAUGACGUUCAGUGGCCUACAUUUGCAUUGACACAGCAGAGUGAACAGACUCCAAAUAGCAGAAAUGAAGCAAGGAUGAUUAGAGUAAUGAAAGACAAGGUGAAAGCUUCUUAUGCCUCCAAGGCUUCUUUUGUUCAAGGUAAAGGCGGAACCAGUAAUUCUAGAAGGGAAGGGACAAGUAAUGCCUCAAAGCCAACACAAAAGGAAGCUGCAAAUUCCAAGGUUCAAAGUAAGACCCUGCGUGCCAAAGCUUUGCUGCCAGUUAGAAUUAAUGAACGUCGUUCAUUAACUGGUCCUGCAAAGGCUAAAGUGAAGGUUGCAAUGGGCAGGCCUAGCAGGAUGGUUGGUGCUGGAAGUGAGAAUUCAACAGGAAACCAGAAAUGCAGUAAUGGAGACAUUGCUUCUGGAGUCAUGGUUAGGGGUCAGAAAGCAGCAAAACAAUAUCUGUCACAAAAGGAUGAUAGAACAGGACGUCUAAAGGGAAAGAUCAGCAGCCCAAGUAGGGGUAAACAUUCAACAAAUACAACUCAGAGGGUCUACCUUAGAUGAGUAAAGCAUUGCAGCACAAUAUUUCUGUACAUAGAUUCUUAACCUACUCUAACUACAGAGGAAACAAGGAAUUUAGUCCAAAUGCCUUCUGCUACUGAAACUGACUUCUCAUAUUACAGGGGUAAAUUUUGGCAUUACUGCCCCUUUCACUGGCCGGGUUAGCUUCCAUUUGUGAAAGCUCUCUACUUGCUUUUGUAUCUUUCUAUUUGACCCUAUAUGCACUCCUGGAUACUCUUCCUUAUAUUUUAAAAAAUCUUUAACUAAUAAGAUGCUACUGUAUUCAGUGGAA